GUCUUAAAUGUAUGAAAUUACACAAUGAAAGCAAAUUAUGAUCACACGUUACACUCUCGCAUUUGACACCCUUUGUUUUGUAUCAUCUCAUUUCUUGGAAUAAGUAGUAUAAGACUGAUCGAAGUCAAUCACUUUGUCACAUUGGUCUACCUUCCAUUCAAUUUCUCUCACACAUAGUGAUAGUACUUUCUAUCAACAUUAUAAAUUAGACACACCUUAAUAUCCAUUCAUACAUACCCUCCUCCACACAUCUUGAUUGCUAUGGAUUUUAAGAUACCUCUAAUUCUUUUCGUUUUUCUCUUCACUCUUCUCUCAAGUUCCCAAGCCUUCAAAUUCUACGUAGGUGGAAGUGAUGGAUGGACUCUAAACCCUUCUCAGAAUUACAACCAAUGGGCUGCAAGGAACAGGUUCCAAAUCAAGGACACUAUAGUUUUCAAGUAUAAGAAGGGUUCAGACUCGGUGUUGGAAGUGAAGAAAGAAGAUUAUGAAAAGUGCAUUAAGACAAACCCAAUUAAGAAAUUAGAAGAAGGUGAGACAGAGUUGACGUUGGAUCGAUCAGGACCAUUUUACUUCAUUAGUGGAAAAGAUGAAAAUUGUGAGAAGGGUCAGAAAUUAAGCCUUGUUGUUUUGUCCCAACGAAAACAAACACAAACACCCACUGUUCCACCACCAAUAUCUUCUCCUUCACCAUCUGGAUCCCCAACGGCAUAUACUCCCUCGGUUUCACCUUCUCCGAUUGGAAAUUCCCCGUCUGUAUCACCAUAUCCGGCAAGUACCCCUCCGACCGGUGGACCUACGGCUUCAUCUCCGUCUUCAAUAAGCACCCCUCCGGCAGGUGUACCUCCGGCUACUUCUCCUUCUCCGAUAAGCACUCCUCCGGCUGGUGGGCCUACAGCUACGUCUCCGACGAGCGCUCCAGCGGGUGGACCUGCAGCUUUAUCUCCAUCACUGUCUCCGGCAAGCGCUCCAGCCAGUGGACCCGCAUCUUCAUCUACAUCUCCGACGAGCGCUCCAGCCGGUGGACCUGCAGCUACACCACCAUCUCCAUCGCCGACGAGCACUACACCGAUAAGUAGUCCUCCAUCGCCGGGAACGCCAUCGUCACCGUCUCCCACACCUGCAGGGGCAGCGAAUCCACCGGGGUCAUCAAGUUCAACGGCAACGGCACCGGCACCGGCACCGUCAAAAAGCAGUGGCGCAUCGGUAGCUUCUUCGAGGUUUCUGAUGUAUUCAGUUACUAUUGUCGUUGGUGCUGCGUUGUUGUGUCAUGGAACCGUUUUGGGUUGAAAAAUUAAAUAUAGGUUCGCACAAAUUAGCGAUAUGAUAUGUUAUGUUGCAAUAAUUUUUAGGGGUUUUCUCACUGUUGUUUUCCCUUUGUGUAUGAUUAAUUAAUUAGCAUGAUUUCGUCAUCAUUUUUCGUUUUGGAUAUUUUCAUUGAUAUUUCCCUUUUGAGUUCAGGUAAGAUUUGUUAAAUAAAAGAUAUUUUUCUAGUUGUCAA